UAUAUAGAUAAGUAUGGAUGCACCCAAAGGCCACCACACCACCACCAGUCUACUACCUCAAUUUCUCUUGCAUAUAAAUAGCCGAAGCAUCUAGUGGAUUUGGAACUCCUCCAUUCUUGUGAUCUAACAUCUUGGGUUUGCAUUGAUUUGCUGCACAAAAUGGCUUUGGUGAGACUACCAGUCGUCCUGGUCCUGCUGCUAAUUAUAUCAAUAAGCUUGGGAAUGGCAGCAGCAGAUUCAGCAAAAGAUAGAGACGAAUGUACGCAGCAGUUAGCAGGGAUGGCCACGUGUCUGCCUUACGUUGAAGGCCAAGCUAAGACCCCAACACCAGACUGUUGCAGUGGUCUCAAGGAAGUCCUCAACAGCAAUAAGAAGUGCCUUUGCGUUAUCAUUAAAGAUCGCAAUGAUCCAGAACUAGGUCUGCAAAUCAAUGUCACCCUUGCUUUGGGCCUGCCUUCCAUUUGCCAUGUCCCUGCUAAUAUCUCCAAGUGUCCCGAACUUCUGCAUUUGGAUCCUAAAUCACCAGAAGCUCAAGUUUUUUAUCAAUUGGAAGGGAACUCUACUCAAACUGCCAACACUAGUGUUGCUCCAAGUCCUAGUGCAGUUGAGGCUCCCGCCAGUGCCAAAAGUGUGGGGUCAAGUUCUGGCAGCCGAAACAAAGUCGGUGUGUUGCAGUGGAAAGAAAGAGACUCGUCUUGGUGUUUCGCCUUAAUGGUUUUCUACUUGUUCAUCUAGAUACUUGUAGUCGGAUUAAACUUUUUUAUCAGAACCUCAGAUUUUGAGACAGGUUGACAUAGCAGCCGCCUUGCCUUCAUUGUAUGACUUAUGAUUUCCGUUCCAAGAAUAAAAAAAACAUAACUCAGCUCUUUCUUCAAA